CUGGUUAAAUGAUCUAUGAGCGCUUUUAUAAUUUUGAUACAUGGCAUCACGAUUUUGUGUUAUAGUAAUUUUCAUCCCUUGUAGGGGCUGGGGCCAACCAUAAGCUCGGGCUUGACAAGAGUAUCAAACUCCUCCUCAGUCAGAGCCUGGAGCUCGAGAGCACUCUGCUUGAGGGUCAGACCCUUCUUGUGAGCAUUCUUGGCGACCUUGCUGGCCAUGUCGUAACCGAUUUUGGGGUUGAGGCAAGUGACAAGCAUGAGCCUAUAAAUCUGCAAUCUUCUCCUCGUUAGCGGCGAGACCAGCAACUAGGUUCUUCUCGAAAGAGCGCAUGCCAUCUGUUAGAAGGCGUGAGCUGUGCAGGAGGUUGCGGAUGACCAGAGGUUUGUAAACGUUAAGCUCGAACUGGCCAUUCAUGCCACCAAUAGUGGUCGCAACGUGGUUGCCCAUAACCUGGGCACAGACCAUAGUCAAAGCCUCACACUGCGUGGGGUUAACUUUUCCAGGCAUGAUGCUGCUGCCAGGCUCGUUUUCGGGCAGGUUGAGCUCACCAAGGCCACAGCGAGGGCCACUGCCGAGGUAUCGAAUAUCCUGAGCGAUCUUGGUCAGAGAGGCAGCAAGGGUGUUAAGAGAGCCGUGGGCCUGGACAAUAGCGUCAUGGGCAGCCAGGGCCUCAAACUUGUUAGGGGCAGUCUUGAACUCGGUGCCAGUCAUGUUGGUGACCUCCUCAGCAAUAGCCUCGGCGAAGCCCUGGAAAGUGUUGAUGCCCGUGCCAACGGCGGUGCCGCCUUGGGCGAGGAGACGCAAAUCAGGGAGAGAGCUCUCUACACGCUUGAUGCCAAAGUCGAGUUGAGCGACGUAACCAGAGAACUCUUGGGCGAGAGUUAGAGGCGUAGCGUCCUGGAGAUGAGUACGUCCGAUCUUGAUAAUCUUCUUGGCCUCAAACUCAUCGACCUUCUUCUGCAGGGCAGCACGGAGGCUGUGGAGGGCAGGCAAGAGCUCGCCCUCGAUAUCAAGGACGGCAGCAAUGUGCAUAACAGUAGGGAAGGUGUCGUUGGAAGAGGCGCUACGGUUAACGUGGUCGUUGGGGUGGACAGGCUUCUUGCUACCCAUAGUUCCGCCGAGAAUCUCGAUGGCUCGGUUGGAAAUGACCUCGUUUGCGUUCAUGUUGGACUGAGUGCCGGAGCCCGUCUGCCAAACGACAAGAGGGAAGUGGUCGAGGAGUUUGCCAUCAGCAACCUCCUUGGCGGCCUGCUGGAUAGCAGCACCAAUCUUGGGGUCUGUGAAAGCAACAAUUAGCGUUUCGGCACUCAGAGUAGGCAGUGUCCAUCUCCGUUGAGGUUAGACGGUUUGGUGUGCAAGUUCUACCCCGCGAAAAGGUAUAAGUCAGGCCCUCAAGCGGAACAGUGUAAAACAAGAUUUCACCACCAAACCCUAUACGAAUUCAAUUGCUACUCACCAAGGCCAUAUCGCAUGUUGACAGUGGCGGCAGCACCCUUCAGGAUACCAAAUGCCUUGACAAUGGGUGGGGGCAUGCGAUCCUGGGGCUGGUUGAUGCGAAAGUUCUCGAGAGAUCGCUCCGUCUGGGCUCCCCAGUAUCGGUCGGCGGGGACCUGAAUCUCGCCAAAGGCAUCGCUCUCUGUUCGUGUUUGAGACAUUCUGACUGAAGUGCUGUGAAUAGCUCUGGAGAGUUGAAGACCACCAACCCGAGUCUUGUUCUGAAGUCGCAGUUGCGGGGCAAGCGAGCAUGUGGACGCAGCUGCUUGGGAGACCCGAGGCAGAGCUGACUUCAUAAGGCCCGAGGCGGCAGCGCGUCCCGUGACGGUUCGAAGCAUGAUGGACAGAUGGCUGGCUGGCGAAACGCUAUUCCGAAAGCUGGGGCAAGCCAAUUGAAUCGACUUGGCUCGACUGAAGGUGGCAGGAGGAUUCUUCGGGGGCAAGGGGCCGGAGAUGUUGCACAAUUGCAAAAAGGUUUUUAAACAGUCGGAGAGAAGGCCAGCUACUUGUCUCGUCGCUCUCGGUUGUUAGAUUUUAACGGCUCAACCAACUUUAGACUCCGGAAGCACUGGUCAAACGAAAAAAAGCUCGAAAUACUGGCCGGUUAUUUGCCGGAGAUCCUUCACCGGUCGACGAUAUCGGCCUCGCUCCGGUCUAUCCCGAGCAGUCCCAGGAUUCAAUGCCAUUCAAUAUGUUGUUCUCAUUGGAUGGCGGCAUCUGAAACCGGAGCUUGAUUCUGGAGAAACGAACAUCAAACCCCAUUACUCAGGCACUCGGUAUCUUGUGUACGUACCCUCCUCACUUCUUCAGUUUUGCUUGGCCAUAUGUUACUGGUCCGUUCAACAAUCAAUCAAUCAAUCAAUCAAUCAAUUCAUUAUCAUGGCUUCUUCUCUCCCCACCUUCCCACGAAUAGUAUUCACUAUUAUAGAGCCUAUCUCUUUAGUUGCUGGUUUUGCUGGUGCCGUCAUUGAUCCAGCUUGGUUCAUCGGAGAGCAAUCUCCCCAGAAGAACGACGGUGAUGCUUCUCCCAAUAGCAUUAUUAUAGCCUGGCAGCUAGGGAACUUAUAUUUGCUGCUAGCAUUCAUUGGGGUCGCGAUCCUGUCAACCACGACUGAAAAUCGAGUUGUUCGCUCGUAUCUCGUUGCUCUUUGGCUCGCAGAUAUUGGUCACGUUGGCUUCAGCUCUUAUGGGAUAGGCCAGGACAGAUUGCUAAGCCCUCCCCAGUGGAAUGCCAUGACUUGGGGAAAUGUUGGAAUGACAGUAAGCCAGGAAUAGAAUUAUAUGCUACCAUAUCAUCUCAAGCCUGAUGGUUGACGCUGACCUAUAUCUUAGUUAUUCCUUUUUCUCACGCGAACAGCCUAUCUCACGGGCUUCUUUGGACCUGAUCACGUCGACAAACCCGCCAAGAAGACCGCGUAAUAAGACUGACUGGGAAAACUAUUUUGAGGCGACAUCGGUGACAGAACAGCCCUGGAUGAUGAUUCUCCAACGAGAAUUUAGGAGUGAAAGACCUACUUGGAAGACAUUGCUAAAAAAAAAAAAAA